AUGACGAGAAACUCCAGACCCAAUAUCGUCCUGCUGAUGGCAGAUGACCUGGGCGUGGGGGACUUGUGCUGCUACGGGAACAAUACAGUGAGCACGCCCAACAUCGACCGUCUGGCGAAUGAAGGGGUGAGGUUGUCUCAGCACCUGGCAGCCGCGUCGAUGUGUACUCCGAGCCGGGCCGCCUUCCUGACCGGCCGGUAUCCCAUCAGAUCAGGGACAGCAUCACCAUACAACUUGAACCGUGACUUCGCCUGGCUUGGUGGUUCAGGGGGGCUUCCCGUCAAUGAAACAACUUUUGCUAAAGUACUUCAGCAUCGGGGGUACCGCACAGGACUCAUAGGAAAAUGGCAUCUGGGUUUGAAUUGUGGCUUUCGGGAUGACCACUGCCACCACCCACUCAACCACGGCUUCGACUAUUUCUACGGGAUGCCUUUCGGGCUUCUGAGCGACUGCCAGGCUGCCAGGAAGCCGGAGCUGCACCGCUCACUCCGGGUCAAACUGUGGAUAUCCACGGCGGUCCUGGGCCUGGUCCCUCUGCUGCUCAUUGUCCCCAGAUACGCCCGCUGGUUCUCGGUUCCCUGGAAGGUCAUCUUCAUCUUUGCUCUAAUCGUCUUUCUGUUUUUCACGUCCUGGUACUCCAGUUACGGGUUUGUUCGGCGUUGGAAUUGCAUCCUCAUGAGAAACCAUGAAAUUGUUCAGCAGCCGAUGAGAGAGGAAAGGGUGUCUUCCCUCAUGCUGAAGGAAGCCCUCGCUUUUAUGGAAAGGUACAAACGGGAGCCCUUCCUUCUCUUGUUUUCUUUGCUGCAUGUCCACACUCCACUGAUUACCAGAGAGAAGUUUGUCGGGCACAGUAAAUAUGGAUUGUACGGAGACAAUGUGGAAGAAAUGGAUUGGAUGGUGGGUAAGAUCCUCGACGCCCUGGACCAGAACCACGCCGCCAACCGCACCUUGGUGUACUUCACCUCGGACAACGGGGCCUGGCUGGAGUCCCAGAAUGGUGUCGCCCAGGUGGGCGGCUGGAAUGGAGUCUACAAAGGUGGAAAAGGAAUGGGAGGCUGGGACGGAGGCAUCCGGGUGCCAGGAAUAUUCCGCUGGCCGAGUGUCCUGGAGGCUGGGAGGGUGAUUGACGAGCCCACAAGCCUGAUGGACAUUUUCCCCACGCUGUCUUAUAUCGGAGGAGGGAUAUUGCCCCAGGACAGGGUGAUUGACGGCCGGAAUCUGAUGCCUCUGCUGGAAGGGAGGAUGUCCCACUCAGACCAUGAGUUCCUCUUCCACUACUGUGGCGUCCACCUGCACACCGUCCGGUGGCACCAGAAAGACUGUGCAACCGUGUGGAAGGCUCAUUAUGUGACUCCCAAAUUCUCCCCAGAAGGAAGUGGUGCAUGCUAUAGACACGGGAUGUGCACAUGUUCUGGGGAUGUCACCUACCAUGACCCACCUCUCCUCUUUGACAUUUCCCGGGACCCUUCAGAAGUCCUGCCACUGAGCCCUGACAACGAGGUGUUAUUUGAUUCGGUGAUCAAGAAAAUUGAGGCAGCGAUAAAGGAGCAUCGUAAGACACUUACACCUGUGCCUCAACAGCUGUCUGCUUUCAGCAUCAUUUGGAAACCGUGGUUGCAGCCGUGCUGUGGGACCUUCCCCUUCUGUGGGUGUGACAAGGAGCUUGACAUUGUACCCACUGCUCCCUGA